AUGACCUCCGCCCGCACGCCGCUCCUUGUCGGGGCGCGGCAUUCGGGAGAGUCAGACCGGUCCGACGAUCUCGCCGAAGCAGAAGAUGCCGCCCUGCAUACAUCGACCCGAAGGACCGAGGGACAAUGGCCGCCACGCGGAGCGGCAUCGACGUCUGGCCGACUACGCGAGCUCCUCCUGUUCGCCUGGGCCCUACUGGCCACCGCCGCCGCCAUCAUCCUCGUCGUCUGGACCCGCCAUCAACAACAGACGACGCCACGGUCUGCUCAACCUGCCCUCCUGGCAGGCAAGCGAAACCUGAUCUUCAUGGUGUCCGACGGCAUGGGCCCGGCAUCGCUGUCCUUGACGCGUUCCUUUCGCCAGCUGACCGAGGGUGUGCCCAUCAAUGACACCUUGGCCUUGGACCGCCACUUCUGGGGCACCAGUCGUACCCGCUCGAGCAAUAGUCUGGUCACUGAUUCGGCCGCCGGAGCCACCGCCUUUUCAUGCGGCAAGAAGUCCUACAACGGCGCCAUCAGCAUCCUGCCUGAUCUCACCCCCUGUGGCACCGUCCUGGAGGCCGCCAAGCGCGCCGGCUACCACACCGGCCUUGUCGUCACCACCGACAUCACCGACGCCACGCCAGCCUGCUUUGCCAGCCAUGUCAACGUCCGCACCCAGAUGGACGAGAUCGCUCUGCAGGAGAUUGGUGAGGGUCCGUUGGGCCACGUCGUCGAUCUCAUGCUCGGCGGCGGCCGUUGCCACUUCCUGCCCAACACCUCGCAGGGCAGCUGCCGCCAGGACAACAUAGAUGUGACCUCUAUUGCCGAGCUGAACGGCUGGCACUACGUCGACGACCGUGCAGGGUUCGACUCGCUCGAGACCGGCAACAGCGUGAGCCUCCCGGUCCUCGGCCUGUUCGCAUCGGCCGACAUUCCUUUCGAGAUCGACCGCCGCAACAUGGCAGACACCUAUCCCAGCCUCAGCGAGAUGGCCGCCACUGCUCUUCGUGCCCUGGAAAAGGCUACCGAGGACAGUGAGAAGGGCUUUUUUCUCAUGAUCGAGGGCAGCCGCAUCGACCAUGCUGGCCAUAUUAACGACCCGGCUGCGCAGGUCCGAGAGGUCAUGGAAUUUGACAAGACCUUCCGUCUUGUUCUGGACUUUCUCGAACAGAGCGACACCGAAGGCAUUGUCGUGUCUACAAGUGAUCAUGAGACGGGUGGGCUUUCGACAGCACUGCAGGAACCUGGGCAUCUCCCCAUUUACAACUGGUACCCGACAGCUCUGGAUAAAGCCAAGGUCUCUUCGGAGCACCUCUCCCUCCUCCUGCGUGAACAUGUUCUCUCUAUCGCUGCAGAUGGAUCUGUAGAGGACGUCCAGUCUCUGAAAAACUGGAUCAACAUGGAACUGCUCAUCCCACACCUCGGGAUCACCGAUGCGUUGGACGAGGAGUUGGAGCUGUUGGCCUCGAACCCCGAAACCUCUAUAAUCAUUUUUGCCGAGCUUGUGAGCCUAAGAGCACACAUUGGCUGGAGCACUCACGGUCACUCGGCUGUGGAUGUCAACAUAUACAGCUCUGGUGGUCCGGUCGUUGAGGGACUGAGGGGCAACGUCGAGAACACAGACGUCGGAAAGUUCCUCCGAGAAUAUCUGGACGUCGACGUCGAGAAAAUUACCCAGGAGCUGAACAGCAAACUGGGCGUCGACCAGUCCUCAGCGAGCAAGACUUCCACUGCAGAGGACCUCGACUUCCCAUGGUCUUUCUGUGGGCUACCACCAAAUGCAUGCUAG